AUGGCGUCGCGGCAGGCCGCCGGCCUCACCGACUACGAGCGGCUCCGCGAGGAGAACAUCCGCCGCAACGAGGCCAUCCUCGCCUCCCUCCGCCGCAAGGCCGACGAGCUCUCGGCGGCCAUCAAGUCCUCGUCCAAACGAGGACAAGGGCGCCCCAGCAAUCAGCCCCGCAAGAAGCCCGCCGCCAAGACAAGCCCCGGCGAGCUCCGCCGCUCCCUCCGGCUCUCCCAGCUCCCCCCCUCCCACUCCCCGGACGCCGAGCCCACGCCCGGGCCCCCUCCGGUGCCCCGCAGCACCAGCUUCUCCUCCUCGCUCGCGUCCUCCAUCAUCGAGUCCGCCUCGCUCGCGCCGCCUGCCAGGGCUCGGGCGGACGGUUUCGAUGCCGGGAAGGAGCUCGUGCUGACGCCUGCGAACGUCAGGAAGGUGGUGCCCGACAGGAUACUUGGGGUUCGGGUCCUGCCGCUGGUCGACCGGACCGUGGUCGCGGCGGGGAACAAGUUGGGGAAUAUUGGGUUCUGGGUUGUGGACGGCAUGGUGGAAGAUGAGGAUGGCGACGAUGGUGCAGAUGGGCUGUUCGAGUAUUUGCCUCACAGGGGCCCUGUGCCAGCAAUCGUGGCGCACCCUGCCGCGCCACAGAAGAUUUACAGCUGUAGUUAUGAGGGUGAAAUUUGUCUUAUGGACCUUGAGAAGGAGAGCUUUAAUAUGAUCCAGUUGUGCGACUAUCCUGUUUAUUCGCUUUGUCAAGCACCAGAUAGUCCUAGCUGCCUAUAUUUUGGUGACGGAAAUGGUGAACUGAAACUCCUUGAUGAGCGGAUGGGUAAGGUAUCAAGCACAUGGGAUUCACAUGACAAUACAAUUAACUCAAUAGAUUUUCAUCCAGAGAAAAGACAUAUGCUUGCCACAAGUUCAACAGAUCGAACAGCACGCAUAUGGGAUCUCAGAAGGCUUAAAAGGAAGAAAGAAGAGAGCUUGAAGGUUCUAAAACAUAAUAGAUCUGUUCAGUCAGCUUAUUUCUCACCUAGUGGCAGCAUGCUAGCAACAACAAGCCUCGAUGACACUGUCCGAGUCUUUUGUGGGGAUGACUUUGAUAGGUCACACAUUAUCAAGCAUAAUAACCAGACAGGCAGAUGGAUUUCUACAUUCAAGGCAAUCUGGGGCUGGAACGACACCGACCUGUUUAUUGGAAACAUGAGAAGGGCAAUAGAUAUUAUCUCAGUUGGUGGUGAUGACAGUAGCCUCUCAGCUUCGAACAGCGCAAGCCUGGAGAGUGAACACAUGACGGCCAUUCCAUGCAGGUUUUCCGCACACCCAUAUAAAGUUGGGCAUCUUGCUUGCGCAAGCUCCGGUGGGAAGGUGUUCUUUUGGACCAGAGCUUGA